UUUAGAUGUGAGAAUUAUGAAAGACGUUCUUAUGUAAUCAUUAUAGACAUAAAAUCAUUAAAUUUAAUAAUGCAAUAAUUAAACAAUCCAUGUAACCAUGUGUGUGUACAUGUAUAUAUGAACUUACUGCCUCUUCCAAUGUUCAUUUAAAACCUAAUCUUGUAAAAAAAAAAAAGCAAGCAAGCAAAGCCACUUUACCUAUUAAGCGUCAGGUGUUCAUUUAUAAAUUGACGUAAGGCUACAUUGUACAACUAUUCAAAUAUCUUUCUCCCUCUUUCCUCUCAAUUUGUAAUGACAAGAAAGGAAUACAAGUUAAAAAGUCGUAUGUUUGCUUGGUAUCCAGGGCAAGUACCGAUGAUAGUGACAAGCACUUUGAACAAUAAUGUAUCCGAGCUUGAAUUAUUUGAGUUGGAUAAAGUUCAUCAAUUACAAAAAAUCUCGCACCAAGUAAAUGUGAAAUCAAGGUUUUCUUGUUUAACUUGGGGUUCCGAGAUAAGGUAUCCUCUUGGAAUUAUUGCUGGUGGUUUAGAGACAGGAGAGUUAGAACUUUGGAACCCUUCUUGUAUUAUUUCAAAAAAUAAUCAAAAUUUGGAAAAUGAAUCAUUGAUUAUGAGAAAGACGGCACAUUCAGGAACAAUAAAAGCAUUGGAUUUUAAUAAAGUUCAAACUAGUCUAUUGGCUUCUGUCGGCAAUCACAGUGAGGUCUUUAUUUGGGAUUUAAAUCAUUCAAAACCUUAUACACCCGGUGCUCGCUCUGACAAAAUGAAUGAUAUUAAUAGUGUCGCAUGGAAUUCUCAAGUCCAGCAUAUCAUUGCUACGUCUUCUACAAAUGGAUAUACAGUUCUAUGGGAUCUUCGUAGUAAAAAACAAAUUAUGACUUUGACUUAUAAACAAAAUAGCCCUAUCUCUUCUAUUGCAUGGCAUCCUGAUAUUGCUACUCAAAUCGUAAUGGCUCUUGAUCAUCAACCUCUUCUUAUUUUAUGGGAUCUUCGACGACCUCACACACCUGAGAAAACUUUAGAAGGACAUCAUACAACAGGAAUCUUAAAUGUUUCUUGGUGUCAACAGGAUUCAGAUCUUUUGAUUUCUACCGCAAAGGAUGGUCACACAUUGGGGUGGAAUCCAAAUACGGGCCACUUUUUAGGUGAACUUUAUCAUGAUUGUAAUAAGGCUACUUGGUGUCCUCAACAACCAGAUCUUAUAGCUACAUGUUCCCUUGAUGGUUUGAUGAAUGUAUUUUCAAUUCAUGAAACGAGUUUAGUAUUUAAGCAUCAUCCUCCAAAAUGGUUCCGUCGACCUAUCGGUGCAUCCUUUGGAUUUGGUGGAAAAAUAACGACAUUUCAUAAGAAGGGCACAGUCAAGAUACAGACUAUGACAACAGAUCCUGAGGUUGUCAAGUGUGCUGAACAACUCGAUUCGGUCACUAGUAUAGAAUCCAUUGAGACGUUCAUCAGAGACCGUCUUGAAACCAGUCUAGACGACGAUAAAGAAGAUUGGACGAUGUUAAGAAUGCUAUUAACAGAUCAUCCUAGAGAGGAAAUUUUAAGAUAUCUUGGGUUCGACAAAGAAAAAGUAAAAGAAAAAGUAAUAUCAUUGAUCAACAAGAUAAAUAAUAACAAAGAAAAGAAAACAGAACCAUGGCUCGUAGAGGAACAGUUAAGGAAUAAACAAAGGAUAAGCUUAUUUUCACAUUUUGAACAAGUAUCACAACAACAUCAUUCUUUCAAAGAAAGUAAUCAUCAUCAUCUUCAUCAUCUCUCUAAAGAAUUGAAAGUAGAGGAGCUGAUUACGCAAACAAUGAUCCUUGGAGACUUUAGUUCUGCUGUCAAUAUUUGCUUUGCGACUGGAAGAUACUCAGAUGCUUUACUUUUAGCCAUGUGUGGAGGUCAAGAGUUAUUUAAACAAACUCAAGAAGCCUACUUUCAAAGGAAGCAACAGUAUGAUACACCCUCUUAUAUUCAUCUCUUGAAACAUCUUUUUUCAUUAGACACAAACACAUUAAAUUUAAUUGUACUUGAAGCUGAUAUUGACGAUUGGCGUUCGGUACUUGCUCUUUUAUGUACUUAUGCGCCUGCUAAAGAAUUCAACUCACUUUGUGACAUUUUUGCUCAUCGUUUAAAAAAGAAUCAAUCUCCCGGUAACUUAUUCAUUUAUCUUUUAGCAAGUAAUUUUGAACAAGUUACAAGAAUCUGGUUGGAUCGAUUUAAAUCAAGUACUGAUAAAGAACUUCAAGCUUUGAUUGAAAAGAUUACAAUAUAUCGAAAGUUGAUUGAUUUUGAAGAUUAUAAUCUUACAUCUAGUGCAAAUGAGCCACCCAUGAUGAUGAUGGAAGACUUGUAUCAAACCUAUUUUAAAUAUUCUGAAAUGAUGGUUAUGCAGGGAAAGUUUGAUAUUGCUUUAAAAUAUAUUCAAUUAAUACCAACGCAGUUUAACACAUUGCUCAUAAAUAAAGACUCUAAUAAGAUGGAUCGUAUUUACCGUGCUGCAUUUUCAUCUAAACAAUUCAUCGAACCCAUCAUUCUUCGUGAUCCAUAUCUUAUCCAGUCAACAAACCAUCAUACUAGCACUAUUAACACUCCACUAGGAAAUCUCUCUGACGAUCAUGAUUAUCAACAGCAACCACCUUCUUCAGCUGUCACAACAAGGACUGCUUAUUACAGUGCACAUUAGCAAUGAAUGUUUCAAAAAAAAAAAAAAUAUUUACUGAUCGACAUUUUAAUUUUUGUUUGUAUUCGUUCCUUGAAAUUUGCUGCUGUUUAAUUUUUUUUUUUUUUUUUAUUU